AUGUCGUGCUAUAGGCUGCAGCACUGUAUUCAUCUUGAUGUUUCGGCGUCCACUUUUUGGAUAAUAUUCUAUGGUCCUAUACUUACUGGUAUACUGGAAGGAGGACAAGAAAUAGCUGUGAAGCGGUUAUCAAAGAAUUCUAGUCAAGGACUUGAUGAGUUCAAGAAUGAAGAGCAUGGACUAAAUCUGGCAAAAAAUUGGUCAGAUCAAACAAGAAGAAUGCUACUGGAUUGGCCAAAGCGCUUCCACAUUAUUAAUGGGAUUUCACGGGGGCUUCUUUAUCUCCAUCAAGAUUCCAGGCUAAGAAUUAUUCACAGAGAUCUCAAAGCUAGCAAUAUUUUGCUAGAUAUUGACAUGAACCCAAAAAUAUUAGAUUUCGGAUUACCUAAAAGUUUUGGAGGAAAUGAGACAGAAGCAAAUACAAAAAGAGUGGUUAGAACAUACGGCUACAUGUCUCCAGAGUACGCAAUAGAUGGGCUAUUUUCAGUAAAAUCGGAUGUAUUUAGCUUUGGCGUUUUGAUGCUAGAGAUUGUGAGUGGAAAGAAAAACAGAGGUUUUUAUCACCCAGGUCACAGCCUCAACCUCCUUGGCCAUUGGAUUAUUCAAGCAUGGAGACUCUAUGAAGAAGGCAAGUCAUUGGAAUUGCUUGAUGAGACUCUAUGGGACUUGUGUUACCAAACUGAAAUGUUGCGAUCAAUCCAUGUGGGUCUUUUAUGUGUGCAAGAAAGUCCAGAGGAUAGGCCAAGCAUGUCAUCUGUAGUUCUGAUGUUGAGCAGUGAAGCUACAUUGCCUCGAGCUAAACAGCCUGGCUUUUUCACUGCUAGAAAUGUUCUUCAGCCUGGUUCUUCAUCAAGCAAGGAAGCAACAACUUCGGCCAAUGAAAUCACGAUUACUCUAUUGAGUGCUCGAUAG